UAGACCACCUUUGACCUCCUGAUUCGAUAGUAUUGAUCCCCGUAAGGACCACGAAUGCCAAUUGUACCAAAGAAUUGGACUUAGCAAGAUAAAAAAUAAAGUCAUCUCGAAUCAUACACCCGAUGGUAUUUUUUAGUUGGCUACGAAAGGAUUCAUCACAUUCUCCCGCAAUAUUUGGAAGUAUUUUGGUAACUUAUUGACUGCAAUAUUGUGUUCUUAUCAUGGCAACGACCGUGAGCGAACCGCUCACCCUUAAACCGGAUGUGAAUAGAGUCAUUGAAUUACUCGAGAAGCUUCAGAAAAGUGGGGAAGUACCUGGUACUAAAUUAGCAGCACUGCAGAAGGUUCUUCAGAGUGACUUCUUCAAUGCUGUGAGAGAGGUUUAUGAGCAGGUUUAUGAAACUGUGGAUGUUCAAGGGUCACAGGAUAUGCGAGCAUCUGCUACUGCAAAAGCUACCAUUGCUGCAUUUGCUGCCAGUGAGGGUCAUGCUCACCCUCGAGUCAUAGAACUUCCUAAAACAGAAGAAGGCCUCGGGUUCAAUGUUAUGGGUGGCAAAGAGCAGAAAUCACCAAUUUACAUAUCCCGGAUCAUCCCGGGAGGAGUGGCAGAUCGACAUGGUGGGCUGAAAAGAGGUGACCAACUUCUUUCUGUGAAUGGAGUGGAUGUUGAGGGUGAAAAUCACGAGAGAGCUGUAGAACUUUUGAAACAGGCCCAAGGAUCUGUGAAGCUUGUUGUUCGGUACACUCCUAAAGUAUUGGAAGAAAUGGAAAUGCGGUUUGAUAAACAACGCGGUGCUCGUCGACGUCAAUACCCUUGAGCAUACUGUGUAUUCCAUCAUGAGAGAGUACUGAAGUGUUGUUAGAAGGGGUUUCAUCUUCACAGAUUGUUCCUCUAAUUUAAUGCUGAGCUGGAUUUAUUAUCUUAUGGUGGUCAAACACUAAGUUAACAGAUUGUCAGUUUCUUCUGAUAUAUAUUGUGAUUGUAAAGAGAGAAAAAAAGCAAUCAACCAAUAAUGAACUGAAGCCCUCUGUAUUGUACUCUGUGAAUACCAUAUUGCCUUUUGGAACUGUUUACUUGAUCUUCUAGUUUGGCUCAGGAGGAGUUUAUGUGGAAACAAAAGUAAUCCAAGCACAGCCUGUUUCUUUUUUUUGUUUGCAUAGUGAUUUAUAUAUUGUGUAGUCAUACUGUUUCAAGUACAAACUACAAAUUGUUUUGCCACAAAGUUAUUGAUUGGGAUUCCGCCUGUCAGUCUUUACCAGCAUUUCUGGGUCAAAGAAUACAAUAAUGAGUUCUCCCAAAUUAAUUAAUUGACAAGUUGAGGUGUCAGAUACUUUUGGUGUGGGACCUAAGACCAAACUUGCCAAGAUGGUCAAUGUCCCUUACUCAUUGUGCCAAUACUUUUUCCUCCAGUUCAUAGUUUCUUAUUUCUGUACAAAUUCAUGUUUCUCAUAGCUUGGGAAAAUUUACUGUGUAGAAAAAUUCACUGCAUUCAUCUCUUAGCUUUGCAACACAUAAUGUCCCUGUAUUAAUUGUACUUAAUUGUUAUUUAUUGUAUGGUUACAUCAUUUUUAAAUGGAUCAUGUAUUUAGAAAACAAAUGUAUCAAUUCUGUUUAAUGUUGUUCCUUUCCAAAUUUUAUUUCUGAUCUUUGGAAAACUGAAUUAAAAUCUUUCUUAUAUAAAUAA